AUGCAAUUACCAUUACCUUUAUCUAUAAAAGGUAUGACUGAACUUGAUCGUGAUCAAUUUACACAAACCAUCAAUGUACCGUAUGUUAACAUUCCCGGUGAAUGUAUUCAUUCAUCUAAAUGGAAAGAUAUUUUACUUAUUUUACAUGCAUUAAAAAAUGUUCGAGAAUUAGACGGAAAAUUAAAACAAGUUCUAUUCGAUCCGGAUAUAAUUAAAACGAAAGAAGAUAUUAUUAAACAUAUACCAUCAAUAAAAGACUAUGUUGAACAAUCAUUUGAUUUUAUACAAAUCACAAUUACAUAUGCUAAUUAUACAAUUGAACAAGUUAUUAAAGCAAUUAUACCGGAUGAUUUAAUAACAGAUAAACGUGUUAAUACUGGUUCGGGUUAUAGUAUUAUUGGUCAUAUUGCACAUUUUAAUUUAAGAGAUGAAGUUCUAGCAUAUAAAUAUAUUAUUGCUCAAGUUAUACUUGAUAAACUAUCGAAUGUUAAAACUGUGGUGAAUAAAUUACAUGAAAUUGAUACUGUUUAUCGUAAUUUUGAAUUAGAAAUAAUUGCUGGUGAUUUAAAUACAAUUGUAACAUGUCGAGAAAGUAAAGCACUAUUUCAAUU